CUGACUAUUCCACCACAGACUCGCAAUCUGUAGUUGUUCGCUAGGAAGUUUUGUUAGCUGACUGUUUAUGAGAGAUCUCACGUGUUCAAGCUAAAUAUGCCCGUUUAUUAUUAAGUCAUUAUACGCGGGGCAGUGGAGAGGUAUACGUUAUAAUCACGAACAUGAACGAAACCAUCAGUCAAUGUUUUGUUCAGAAAAUCUUCACAUUUGAAAGCCCUGACGGCGCGCUGACCGUGUCCAUCCCAGAGGUCCUCGAUCCUCAGUAUGGGAUGUAUGUGUGGCCCUGCGCGGUGGUUCUGGCUCAGUAUGUGUGGACAGCGAGAGAGAAACUGCAGAAUAAAGCUGUACUGGAGCUUGGUGCUGGGGUUAGUCUGCCAGGUGUGGUGGCUGCAAAGUGUGGGGCUCGAGUAAUUCUGUCAGACAGUGCUGAGCUUCCUCUCUGCCUUAAUAACUGUAAGCGCUCCUGUAAAGUCAACAAUCUAGCUGGUGUACCAGUGGUGGGUCUUACCUGGGGACAGGUGACUUCAGAGCUGCUGUCUCUGCCACAAGUGGAUGUUAUCCUGGGAUCAGAUGUGUUCUACGAGCCUGAAGAUUUUGAAGAUGUCCUGCUCAGUGUUUCUGUUCUUUUAAAGAGGAACCCCGGUGGUCAGUUCUGGACCACUUACCAGGAGAGAAGCACUGACUGGUCUAUUGAGACUUUGCUGCACAAGUGGAACCUGCAGUGCGCUGACAUUCCUUUAGAGACGUUCAAUGCACACAGGAACCACCUCGCUGGAUCAACUCUACCUGGAAAUCAUACCGUACAGAUGAUGAUAGUUACAGCAAAAUCGUAAAGCUUGAUGGGUUGACUAGCAAGACUAUACGUGUAGCUGAAAUGUAAUGUCUAUUUAUUUUAUAAGUUUUCUAAAUCAUUAUUAAUUGUUAGGAUAAAAAAAUAUUUUUACACAAAAUUGGACAUCUUGACAGCAGAUGUUUACCACUAGAGUAAAAUCUUACUGUGUUAUUAAUUACAUAACCCAAUAAAAUAUUUAUAGAUGGUUAAACAAUCAGGCAAUUUUAGUGUUUCUGUCAAUAGUAAAGCACAGCCAGGAGGGUACAUUAUAGCUUAAAAAUAUUAAACAAAGUCAACUUUAGAUAGAGAGAUGGACAUACUUAAAUACGCUGGUGUUGAUAUGUUCAAGUGUUUAUUUAUUUGGCCUUCCCAUAUUUCAUCAUGAUGGUAACUGAACAGCUAAUAAUUAAAAUACAACAGCUACACUUCGAAAGAGUAUUGUGGCUUUUCAGAACUGCAGUUUCCAAACAUUCCAAAAAUAUAACUAAACGUUUUUGUUUCAAUGAGCUAAAAAAGUUUGUAUUUGGAAGAGACUAAAAUUAAAAGAGGAGCAAUUGAAACAGUAUAUCUAAAUCCUACUUUACCAUUCCACAGAGUGUGAAAUUAAAUAACCAUAUCACUUCUUGGGCUUGUGAUUUCAGAUUUGUCUAUCUUCUUGAUAUCUCAAAGACACAUUCAUUUAAAAUCACUGUCCAUUCCCCCACAACUUAAUAUAUAGAAAGGUUAAAAAUACAUCCCCUGCUCAUGCAUACAUGAAUUAUGUAAAUGAUUGAACAAAACCAUUAUAAAUUAACUUAUCAAAUGUAUGUCUGACAAGCAAUUUAGUGAUGACUGAUGAGAUUAUUGGCCAAUAAAAGAAAAUUACAUGUAAAUUGUUUGUUUGUGGAUCACAAUAAAUACAAUAUAUUUAUUAUUUAUAUAUUCACAGUUUUAUGUGUGUGAUAAGAGUAUGUACUUUCAAAUGUUUACUGUUCACACAUUUUUUGUGCUGCUUCCAUUUAUUUAUAUUUUUUAUUUAUUCAAAAAAUAACCACUAAAAAUAGUCAAAUAAACAGUCAGUAAAACGUCUCAGUGUUCAGUGUUCAGCAUUCUUCAGUCCUGGUUUUGGCGUCACACUGCCCAGCACAUUUUAGAGGACUGUCUGCUGUAACACACCACUGCAUGUCUGAGAGGGCUGGUUAAUAAGCUGAUUAUUUGAAUCAGGUGUUUUGAGAGACGGUAAGGCCUGAGCUGUUUUAAAUGAUAGUGCUAGCCUGGCUAAUGUAUCACAUCACAUUAAUGUAAUGUUAGCGUUAGCAUUAGCUACUUUAGAAGAGGAAAAAUCAGCCCACAUUUGAGCAGUAUUAUAAGAAAAAGAGAACUUAGAUGAUAUAAAAUAAGGCUAACUCCAGGAUACCUUUAACCUUGAAUUUUUCCAUAAUGUCACCUGUCAACAACUGAUUUUUCAUAAAAAUGAAAUAAAUUAAUCUCAAACCUUUACAGUGCUGUAGGUACUUUACCAAAACUUUCCUUUCCUUUUGUGUACACAAUUAAUAAUACAUACAAAACUAUAUGCUUUUAAAGAAUUAAUUGAAUAAUGCAAUGAAUGCGAAAAAAUAAACACUACAUAAUUGAUAAGUACUCACAUCAAAUGUGAGCUAUUGCUGUACUUGUAACAUCUUGUUUUAUAUAAUAUAAAAUAUAUAUAGUAUAAU